UAUAGAAAGAAAUCACCAAUUUCUAGUCAAAGAUUUGACCUCUUUGUGAACCUAACACAUCAGCUACCACACAUAUAAAAGCCAUAAAGUCCUGGUGUGAUUAAGAAGAAAACAAAUUUUUGAGACAGAGUGAAGUCAUGCUGAGGAAGUAACGCCUCACAAACCACAAAGAUCCUCAUAUUUCACCUCUUGCCUCUUUAGACUCUCAGUCAUUUCUGAUUGUCUGCAAGAGAGACAGAGAGGAGCAAUGAUCACUGCUAGAGAGAAACAAACAUCUUUCUUUGUAACGCUGAUGCUUUACUUAACAGCUACAGCAGCUGAACAAGAUCUGUUCUCGACAGUCAGAGUUGGUGAUGAAGUCACUUUGCCUUGUGGAAAUGUGAUCUGCACUAAGAAUCAAUGUGACAGCAUCGCCUGGAUGUUCAGUGGUAAAGGAACAAUAACACUGUUUGAAAAAGGACAGAUUCAUGAAGCUGCAGCAGCUAAAUCAGACAGACUGAACGUUACAUCAGACUGUUCUCUGGUUAUAAAGAACGUCUCAGUGGAGGAUGUUGGUCUUUACACUUACAGACGGUAUGUAAACGGACAGCAAGAGUCAGACGUCUACAUUUAUCUGUCUGUUAUUCACAUGGUUCAACAGAAGCAGAAAGAUCAAAUCAUCCUAACCUGCUCUGUGACGGAUUAUAACGACUGCAGACACACAGUGAAGUGGCUGAAUGAAGGCAGAGAGGAAAUGUUGUCAGACAUGGAGGAAUCGGAUCAGUCCUGCUCUGCUACUGUAACGAUUCCAGCAUCUGACAGAAACUGGAAGUUAAACUCUGAAAACUUAAAGUGUAACGUUACACAUAAAUACACUGACAACGUGCAGCUGGUUCCCUACUGGAUUCAGUCGUCUGGGAAAACAGAUAAAGAGUCAGCAGCUAAAAUGACAUCACCGACAAAAACAACGACCACAACAGAAGACUCAAACAAAUGGAGGACGAGGGAAAUUAAUUCAUCUGUAAAUGUCAAUUUAUCAAAACCUCCAGGAUGGGUUUGGUCGUUCGUUAUCCGUCCUGUGUGUUUGGCAGCGAUGAUAGUAACUGUUCUGGUGAUCAUCAGAUGGACGAAAACUAAAGGUGAAAACUUUUUUUCUUCAUUGCAAAUUUAUCUUGAUGGUGUAAAUAUUUGAUUGAAAAGAAAAAACUAACUGAAUAAUCAUGUCAAGACAGUUAUUUAAUAUAAACAGUUCGACACAGGUUAUUAUUCUGAACAUGAUGAUCCUUAGAAAACAGAGGAAAGAAGUUUUCACAGUGUAAAAACUGAACCUAAAUGUUCUGCUUCUUUUCAGGAAAAGAAGAAGAAAGUGAAAUGAGUAAUUGAUUAAAUUAUCAUGUUGUUAUUUUUCAUCCAUUUCUGGGUCGAUGUGGUGAAAAAAAGGAAAAUGUGUCACACAGCCUGAUUUCUUUUUGUCAUUUUUCAAGAUGAGAAAGACUAGAGAACAUGCCAUUCAAGUAAUGCUGAUCAUUAUUGAUCCUUAGAGGUAAAAAAACAACCUAAACAAUGACUCUACUAAAUGUAGCUUCAUCUACAUACAGAAUAAUAAUUACAAAUUGUUUUAAAAGUACAGCUGUGAUAGACGAGGCUCCAUUCACAGUGAACCAAAUAAUCUACAAUGUUUACAGUUAAAGAGUGAUACAUUUCUCAUUUAAAUUGUUUUGAAGCUUUUAACAGUCAAGUAGGAAAAGAACCCAGAUACAAGUAGGAAGCAGGUGAAACUAGAAACAGUUUAACUUAUGGAAACUGAGAAAAACAAACUUUCAGCAGGACAGCUGAUCACUGAACAAGAAGUUGGGGUCUUCCCUCAACAGCUGUGAGGAAAGACAAGUAACUGAGGUAAAUGUGCAAAAUAAGUUCAUGUGAGACUGGAUUUGUUACAAUUUUGAUUUAUUUUAAUCAUAUUUGUCUGUAUUUUUGCUGUAUUUUCUGAGAUUCCUGGCUUGACGCAAAGCACUGUGAAUCCAGAUGGCCUCUACUGUAAUCUUAGUAAAUAAGUGAUAUCAGAUGUUGUUUAAUAAGUCAAAUAAAUUAUUUUCUGCUGAGAAAAGAGGCAUGAAAGCCCCUUUAAUCCAGAUAAAUCUGAAUGGAAACAGAUUUCUUUCCAGAUAAUCCAUUUGAACCGUCACUGCUCACUAGAGCCCUCUAGUGGACAAAAGCAUAAAGACUCAUUGUGUAUGUUGUGCACUGUUUUAUUAAUUAAAUAUAACUUUUUUUGUAAAAUAUUCUUAAAUAAAAUUGAAGGUUUAAUCA